AAUUGAAAAAAGAAGACCCUUUUCUUGUUUUGCUGUAUUUAUUUUUUUCAGUUCGCUUCUAGGAGAGAAUUCCCUUGGAAUUUUUUCCUCGAAAUUGAUCGCCAUUUUAUCUCAGUUCUUCUGUCCUUGAGGAAUGUCUGAACCUGAAUCAAAAGCAGAACCUGAUGCAAAUACAACCGCAAAUGGGUCAUUUUCAACCAAUGACCCCAUUCAUAAUGUUGCCAAGACCAUUUCUCCAAAGAAAGAUAAAGAAUUAAAUGGCAGGGUGGAAAUUGUGGAUGGAGAAAAAGAACAGAAAGAAGAGAAGAAGGAUGCUGAUGUGGAGAUGACAGAGGCUGAUAAUGCAAAUGUGACCAAAGCGAAGGAUUCGAGAAUGGAUGAAGUGGAUGAUUCAAUUAAGAAAGAUGCUGAGGACACGGGAAAAGAAGUUGAUGAAAUGACAGAGGACGGAGUUGAUGAUAAGAAAGAGAGAGAACCCGAGGAUGUGAAAAAAAAAGAAGCUGAGGAUGUGAAAAAGGAAGAAGCUGACAAUAUGAAAAAUGAGGAAGUAGAGACUAAGAAAAAGGAGGAGGCUGACAAUACGAAAAAGGAGGGAGACAAAGACACAAGUGAAGAGGAAGUAGACACUACCAAAGAAAAGGAUACAGAAAAGAAUGAAGGUGAAGAUACAAGAAAGACGGAUGCCGAGGACACUAAAAUGGAGGAAGUUGAAGAGACUAAAAAAGAAGUUGAAGGCACUAAACCGGAGGAAGGCACACCUGCGAAGGAGGGAGCCACUGCUAUGAAAGAGGAAUCCACAACUAUGGAAAAGAGGCAUGCCAGAGAUGGGAAGGAGGGAGCUGAAGAUAUGAAGGAGGGAGCUGAUGAUAAAGAAAAGUUGGAUGCUGAGGAUAUGAAAAAGGAGGCGGAGAAUAUGAAAAAGGAGGAAGUUGUCAGCGUACAAGAUGUUAAGAUGGGAGACAGAGGAGUGGAAGAUAAAACAAUGGAGGAACAUAAGGAUGUGAUGAAAGAAAAUAAUAAUGUACAUGCGGAGAAGAAAGUGGUGGAGAGUAAGGUGGCUGAAGAAGACACACAAGAGUCAAAGAGGAAACCUAUGCGAGGGAAAAAAGUUAGUGAGAAGGGAGAAACAAAUGAGAAGAAACAAAGUGCGAAAAAGCCCAAGGAAGUUAGCACUCCUGUGGUUUCCUCUAUUGAGCGUCCUGUACGUGAGAGGAAAUCAGUGGAAAGAUUAGUUGAAGCUCUGGACAAUGAAUCAAUUAAACCACUUGUUAUCGAAAAAGGCCGUGGAACUCCAUUGAAGGAUAUACCAAAUGUGGCAUACAAAGUAGGAAAGAAGAAGCCAGCUGAGCUUAGGUUGCUUCAUCAAACACUUUUUGGAAGAGUUGGAAAGGCGAUUAAUUAUAAAACUCACAUUCUCCAAUUCUCUGGGUUUGUUUGGCAUGAGAGUGAGGACAAACAAAAGACCAAAGUAAAGGAAAAACUUGAUAAAUAUGUGAAAGAUACAUUACUAGAUUUCUGUGAUUUGUUUGAUAUACCCGUGUUGAAAGCCAAGUCUAACGCAAGGAAGGAGGAGCUAGUUGCAAUGUUACUGGACUUUAUGGUGGCACCUCAUGCUACAACGGAUGUUAUACUUUCUGAGAAAGAGCAGUCAGCGAAAUCCAAGAAAAGGAAGAGAGGAGCUAAGGAGAGUGGAUCAAAAAUCUCUGGAGGAUUUUUGGGAAAGCAGUCAAAGAAGGAAACUAAGAGCACAGAUACACCAAGAACAAAAGGGACUACACAUGACAGAAACGAGGAAGAAGAAGAUGAUGAUGAAAAUGGUGUUCCUUCUGAGGAUGAUUCAUCUGAAAAUUCUGAGAGCAAGGAGAAAGAAUUUGACACUGGAAAAACACCAGAAGAUGACAAGGACGAUCGUGAAUCUGGAAAGGGAAGGCAGGAGAUGAAAUCUCCAAAAAAGGGUGGCUCUUCCAGUACAAAGAAGCUGAAGGUGUCUGAUACUUCAAAAGAGAUUUCUUCUCCCACAACUGCAAAGAGUCCUAAUAGCCCAUCAUCUUCCAAACAGCCAAAAAAUUCCAAACACUCAAAAGACAGGAAUAAAACCAAUGACAAAACAAAAACUGCUUCUAAGACAGUCCUAAGGAAGCACAAAGAGGUUGAGCGACCUGCAAAGAAAGCAGUUACUUCUAAAACAGAUCCAAAGGAGAAGGCAUCAGGUAAAAAGGCGGCUUUAGGGAAAGCUAAAUCGAAAAAGUCUGGGGAGACUGGUCCAAGCAAGGAAGAACUGAGGAAGACAAUUUGUGAGAUCCUGAAUAAAGUGGAUUUCAACACGGCUACCUUCACCGAUAUUCUCAAGGAACUUGCGAGCCUUUAUGGAAUUGAUUUGACUCCGAGGAAAGCUUCCAUUAAACUAAUGAUCCAAGAAGAGCUGACCAAACUAGCUGAAGAGGAUGAAGAUGAGGAUGACGAGGAGGAAGAAGAAAGUGAUGGCAAAUAGGAUGUGACUCGCUUUAAGACCUAGGGUACGUGGUCGAAGAACGUGAUGGCAAAUAGGAUGCGACUCGUUUUAAGACCUAGGGUAUGUGGUCGAAGAUUGGUCCAGUAUACGACAAAUGGUUUUGAGAUCUCUCUUUUUUUCGUUCGAAAUGUAGCCCCUAAUACAGCAUAUCUGAUACUCCCAGCAUUGGGUUACGUAGUUGCAGCAGCAUUAUCGGUAGCAAUUGCUACUAUAUGAGUUUCCACCAGGCUAGUCCUGACUUUUUUUUGGCCCAUAGCUUAGUGCCUAAUGUUCUUGUUGUAGCUGUUUAACACAGUUAUUAAAUCACAAACAAUAUCAUACUACUGUGUAGUACUGUGCUGACCAACUGAAUGUAAGCCAAAAGUUUGGCAUUUCUUUUUGUUUCUCAGGCGAUAGUUACUUGUGUGGAGCCUUUUAAAAGGCAACGUGUUGUUUUGUGUUUGCUAAUCAACAUGCUUCCUACUUUAA